AUGUGAUUGUAUGAGACGAUUGUAUAAGGGGCAGAUUAAGUAUUUUUUUUGUUUACCUUCGCUGAUCUUAAAGAAAAAGUUAGUAAAUGUAUGCUCCUGCCUGAAAGUAUUAUGUGUAAAUUGUUGCAAAUUUUCAGAAAUUCAUUUCGCCUGAAACACUUUAAGCAACACUUAUAAUAUGAAAUCAAUAUUGAUACUAUUUGUAUUAAUCACCAAUGUCCUAGCAAAGACCAAAUUUGAAUGGUUUACACAUGCCAAAACCUUCUAUGCAUGCAUGUAUGAGAUCAAUUUCUUACGCAAUAUGAGAUUUUGUGGGUCAGUGGAAGAAGACUGUUUAUGUUCAUGUGAGAAUGCAUUAGCCACAGUAGCAGGAUGCAUCACUUAUAAAAACAGGAAUAGAACAAAAGAAAUUGAUUACGUUGGUGCAUAUUGUCAUAAAUUCUAUAAUAUAGAUUUGGAUCCAGAUUGGUUCCUGAAAUCACUUGCAUUUUUCAACAAAAAUGCAAAAAAAGUUGAGGAUAUUGGAGAAAACGAUCAAACUGCACCACUACAAGUGCCAUUGAGGUUUGAAAACAACAGUAUGGAUUUUUAUGAAGAGGUGACAAAUAGAUUCUUGUUGAAUUACGAUUAUUCGAUUUGGUAUGGUGUUUCGGUAUUUGGAUUCUGGUUGGUUGUUUUGUUGAUUUACAUGUUUGGUCAUUGGACUAAAGUGUUAUUUCCAGGGAUAGCAAAGAGGUUUACUUUUCCAAUUGCUAAUUUCUAUAGGAAACAUGUGUCUAUGCCUGCAUUAUAUGGAAAACACAAAUCACAAGCGUUGUCAUUUUGGAAAGUAUUUGUUUGUUUAUUUCCAACUAGAUUCGAAUCUAUUGUCAUUGCAUUAUUUUAUGUGUUUAUUACAAUCAUUCAUGCCGUCAAUACCCAGGGUCUACCUAGCGAUCCUGUUUUUGGAUCUAAGUAUCUUGCAGAUUUAAGAUAUGUCGCUGAUCGAACGGGGAUUGUUGCCACAUUCAUGAUGCCAUUGUUGUUCUUGUUCUCAGGCAGAAAUAACUUACUACAAUGGAUAUGUGGGAUAAACUACCUGACAUUUUCAUGUUAUCAUCGACAUAUUGCCAGAGUAAUGUUUAUUCUAGUUGUCAUUCAUUCAGUAAAUUAUACCAUUCUUGUCAAGAGUUAUUAUGCAGAUGAAGCAAAACAUCCAUGGUUCUACUGGGGAGUGAUUGCAACUAUUGUUGGGGCAUUAUUAUUAAUGCAAAGCAUUCUUUACCUCAGGAGAAACUAUUAUGAAGUAUUCCUUCUUCUACACAUAGUGAUGGCAGCAUUAUACGUGGCAGGAACAUGGGUACAUAUUGCUGAAUUUGGAUAUGAAAUAUAUCUUUAUCCAACUGUAGCAGUAUGGUGUUUAGACAGAUUAGCAAGGAUAUGUCGUUUAUUUGCAUUCGGAUUUCCAGAAGCAACAAUCAUGUUGCAAAGCACGGACGGAACCAUCCGUUUGUUAAUACCAAUGCCAAAACACUGGAAAAUUGUUCCCGGUGGUUAUGCAUUUGUACACUUUUUAAGACCAGGCUAUUUUUGGCAAUCUCAUCCAUUUACAUUCACAAACACUACUCAAGAUGAAGAGAAUCUCAUCAUGUAUAUGAAAGUUAAAGGUGGCAUGACUCACAGCUUAUACAGAUUAUUAAAAAAAUCUCCAGAGAAUAUCAUUACUAUGAGAGUUGGAGUCGAAGGACCAUAUGGAGGAUCUUCGCCAGCAAAAUAUGCAGAUAAAGCUGUUUUUAUAGCUGGUGGGAAUGGAAUUCCAGGUAUUUAUUCAGAAGUGUUGGAUAUUGGGCUAAAGUCUAGUAAAAAGUCGUUGAAGUUGAUUUGGAUUGUAAGAGAGUAUGGUUCUGUAUACCGGUUCUUUUAUCAAUUACGCAAGUUAAAAGAGACUAAUAUUGAAGCAACAGUUUAUGUAACUAGACCGAAGAAACCAGCUGAUAUUAGUGCUUCUAAGGAAAACACAAAAAAUGAAUUGACAAAGACAAAAUCAAGUGAGAGUAACGAGUUUCGUGAACCGUAUAGAGAUGAAUUAUCUCAUAUUCAAUUUGGAGAAGGAAGGCCAAACAUUGAACUUUUGAUUCAAGAAGAAAUCAAGCUGUCACCUGGUUCAAUUGCAUUUGUUGCUUGUGGCGUUCCUGUGAUGGUGGAUGAUGUUAGGUAUUAUUGUAGGAAUAACAUUGAUAAUUCUGGAAAGAAGCGAGUUGAUUUUUAUGAUCAGCUUCAAAUAUGGGCUUAAAUAGAUUUAUAUGUGUAACUUUACUAGAUAAUUUGUACUUACAGUUUGAGCU